GAGAGAAAGACAUGGAGGGGGGCGCUUGUUUCAGUUUGCAGUAAUCGCUCAUCCAGGAGCCUGUUCCACUCAGGGAUAUUUGGAUUUUUUUAGUCUGGAUGCUGUAGCUCGGGGGUCGACCUCUGCCGCUCUCUCUCUCUCUCUCUCUUGACUUCCUCGUCUGAUUUUGCGGCGGCCGUGUGAGAGGACGCUGCAUGUCUGGCAUGCAGACAUGGGCCCCUCGUUACGCUCUGGGAUUACUCUCUGCCUGGCCAUCACCUUGGCUCAGGUGAUUGCUGUGACCUGCCAAGAAGAUUCCAAGAAAGAUUCCUGCACAGAGGACGGCAAAGUCUACUCCAACGAUCAGAUAUGGUACCCAGACCCGUGUCGAGUCUGUAUAUGUGAUGUGGGGACGGUGGUUUGUGAGGACGUGGUGUGUGAGGAUGUAGGUGACUGCAAGACCACAGAGAUCCCAGAGGGCGAGUGCUGCCCCGUGUGCUCGGCCCUGAACACUAAUGCUGAUACCUGCACAGAAAAUGGGAAAGUUUACGCCAACAACGACAUGUGGAACCCGGAGCCGUGUCGGAUCUGUGUGUGUGAUAAGGGGACCGCUGUGUGUGAGGAUGUGGUGUGCGAGGACCUCGGCGACUGCCAGAAAACUGUGACCCCGGAUGGCGAAUGCUGCCCCGUGUGCUUGACCCCGGCGUCGCCAUCAACUCCCAAAGAAGAACCCAUGACAGUUGCAGAUGAGAGUAAAGGAGAUAACUGCACAGUCGAUGGGGAGAUCCACCCUCACAACGACAUCUGGAAACCAGAGCCUUGUCGUGUCUGUGUCUGUGACAACGGUGUCGCCAUCUGUGACGAGGUGCAGUGUGAGGCCCUGUCCAACUGCGAGAAGGUCGUCACACCUGAGGGCGAGUGCUGCCCUGUGUGUGACAACUUCGCCAGUGUCGGCAGGAUGAUCGAAAUAAUGGGCUUCAAGGGGCAGAAAGGUGAGCCAGGUGAUAUCCCAUACGUGGUGGGACACCCUGGACCUCAAGGACCUGCGGGUCCUCCAGGAGCCCAGGGACACACUGGACCAAGAGGCUUUAAGGGCAGGAAGGGAUUCCCGGGGCCUCCAGGAUUUGACGGAGAGCCUGGUGUGCCAGGAAAUCCGGGAGAACCAGGACCUCCAGGACAUCCCUCUCCCCCUGGGGGCAACAUAGUGUCACAGAUGGCCUCAGGUUUCAGUGAGAAGGCUGGUAUGGCUGCAAUGGUUCAAGGAUCAAGAGGGGAAGCGGGACCACGAGGACCUCCAGGGUCACCUGGAUUACCUGGACCAACUGGUGGUCAGGGAAUUCCAGGAGAGGCUGGAGAUCCAGGACCAAUGGGUGAGCCAGGUCAUCGGGGACCAGAUGGACCACCAGGAAAACCUGGACUUGAUGGAGGAUCUGGACCUGCAGGUGCUACAGGAGAACCAGGAUUUCCAGGAUCUGCGGGUGCGAGAGGCUUCCCAGGACUUCCAGGUCAGCCAGGACUGAAAGGACACAAGGGACAUGGUGGGCUUGUGGGGGCAAGAGGCGAGCCUGGAGCAGCUGGACUGAAGGGUGCAUCUGGUACACCUGGUGCUAUGGGUGCUCCUGGUGCACUGGGUCCAGCGGGCAUGCAGGGAGAAAGAGGCAGAGCCGGCCCCACUGGACCCGUGGGAAAACGUGGAACACCUGGUGACACCGGCAAACCAGGUCCUCUGGGUCCUAUGGGAAUCCCUGGUAUGCCAGGAUUUCCUGGUGGUCCAGGAAUAAAGGGUGAAGCAGGACCGACAGGUGUGAGAGGAAGUCCAGGACGGCAGGGACCCAGAGGGGACCCUGGUCACGUGGGACCACAAGGAUCAACAGGACAGCAGGGUGCAGAAGGAUCUGAUGGACCUCCAGGUGCCCGUGGUCAAACAGGUCUGGCAGGUGUUCAGGGUCCAUCAGGUUUGCUGGGCCCACCUGGUCCCCCCGGCCCCCAGGGAACUACAGGAGCACCAGGACCAAAGGGCCAAGUGGGCGAUCUUGGUGUGCCUGGAUUCAAAGGAGAAGCUGGACUCAAGGGAGAGAGAGGUGACCAUGGUACCCAGGGUCCAAUGGGCCCGAUGGGAGAGGAUGGGAAGCGUGGACCACGAGGUGAUGCUGGAUCCAUCGGGCCUCCAGGACCUCCAGGAGAGACAGGAGCUCCAGGAAAUCGAGGUUUCCCAGGUGCUGACGGUUUACCUGGCCAAAAGGGAGCCCAGGGUGAAAGAGGGCUGCCGGGGUCACCUGGUGCCAAAGGUUUAGAUGGAGAUCCAGGACGCGGUGGAGAACCAGGUCUAACAGGAGCUCGGGGUCUGACUGGACUUAUCGGAGCUCAGGGAGCAGAGGGAAAACAAGGCCCACUGGGCUCAGCAGGAGAGGACGGCAAACCAGGCCCGGCCGGUUCUACUGGAGGUCGGGGUCCAGCUGGACAGAUGGGCCUGCCAGGACCAAAAGGCUUCGCUGGUGAUGCUGGGAAGAUUGGUGAGGCUGGAAGUGCUGGACCUCCAGGUCCAAGGGGACUGAAUGGAAAAGACGGAGAGGAGGGGGCUGCUGGUCCAGCUGGCCCGGCUGGUCCUGCAGGAAAAAGAGGAGAGCAGGGACCACAGGGACUGCAUGGUUUCCAGGGUUUGCCGGGACUUCCAGGCCCACCUGGAGAGGCAGGGAAACCAGGUGAUGAGGGUCUUGCUGGAGAGGCAGGGGCUGUCGGAUCUGUUGGUCCCAGGGGAGAAAGAGGUCCUCCAGGGGAAAGAGGUGAAAUUGGACCUAAUGGGCUCCAGGGACCCAAAGGUAGUCCAGGCACACCAGGACCAGAUGGGCCAAAGGGCAACCCUGGUCCAACAGGUUCUCCUGGAGAGCCAGGAGGUCUAGGACUUCAGGGGAUGCCAGGGGAGAGGGGCAUUCCAGGACCUUCAGGCCCCAAGGGAGAUGCUGGCUCGAUUGGAGAUAAAGGACUGGAGGGUAAAGCAGGAGCUGACGGUGCACGGGGACUUCCUGGUCCUGUUGGACCUGUUGGAUCCGGUGGACCCAACGGAGAGAAGGGUGAAACCGGCCCACCAGGACCUGCAGGACGCAGAGGCUCAAGAGGAAUCGCUGGCUCCACCGGUGAGCCUGGUCCAAUUGGUGCUGCUGGCUUCGCUGGACCUCCUGGUCCUGAUGGUCAGCCUGGGGUCAAAGGUGAAACAGGUGAGCCCGGUCAGAAGGGAGAAACAGGACCACCUGGACCACAGGGAAUGGCUGGAAAACCAGGAACACAGGGACCUGUCGGUGUGACUGGGUUGAAAGGUGGCAGAGGAACCCAGGGUCCAACGGGCUCUGCUGGAUUUCCUGGGUUACCUGGAGGAAUUGGACCACCUGGCUCUAUUGGUGCUGUUGGUGCAGAUGGGCCCAUCGGUGCUCCAGGAAAACAGGGCCCUCCCGGGAUCCGAGGAGAGAACGGAUCUCCAGGACGUCAAGGGGAGACGGGACCCCCAGGUCCGCCGGGCAGCCCAGGAGAGAAGGGAGACUCCGGGGAGGACGGUCCUCCGGGGCCUGACGGACCUCCAGGACCUGCCGGCGCCGUAGGACAGCGAGGUGUUGUGGGUCAGCCUGGACUUCGAGGAGAGAGAGGCAUGCUGGGACUGCCAGGCCCUGCUGGUCCACCAGGAAAACCCGGAGGCCCUGGAACUCAGGGGGGCAAAGGGCCUGCUGGUGGAGUUGGGUUACCAGGAGCUACCGGGCCAAGGGGAGACGCCGGCCCCGAGGGUAUUGCUGGAGCAGAGGGGCCUCCUGGUAAAGACGGUCUCAUAGGGGAGAGGGGAGAACGGGGAAAUCCUGGUCCAGAGGGUCUGGCUGGUGUUACAGGGUCUCCAGGAACUGAGGGUCCGGUGGGAGACACCGGCAGUCCAGGACCAAUUGGAGAAAAUGGUGCUAAAGGCCCCGCCGGAGCCCCAGGACAACCAGGAGUACGGGGGAAAGUGGGCCCUCAAGGACCACAGGGGGAGAAGGGGGCAGCUGGAGAACAAGGAGAGAGGGGUCAGAAGGGACACAGAGGUUUCACUGGCCUCCACGGUCUCCCUGGAAUAGCUGGUGCCACAGGAGAUGCAGGAGCUUUCGGUAUUGUUGGACCAGCUGGACCCAGGGGGCCUCCUGGAGUGUUGGGUCCUCCAGGAAAGGAAGGAAACAUCGGCCAGCCUGGACCAAUGGGCGCUCCUGGAAGCAGAGGAUCCAGUGGAGACAUCGGGGCACAGGGUCCACCUGGUGAGCCCGGACCCCCUGGCCCUCCAGGCUCCCCAGGACCUCCCACCGCCAUUGUUGAAGACCUCUUCGUCGCCCCAGCAGAUUACGACGGCGGCAACGGCGACGUGCCAGAAGCCGUGGAAUUCGUCGAGGACUACGCAGGGGCUGAUCCUCCUCCGCCCCCGGAGUUCAACAAAGACGAAGCCCUUCCCAAUAAGAACUCAGCGGCCAUCCUCCGCGCGGACACCGGAGUCCACGCCACACUCAAGACCCUCAGCGGACAUCUGCAAAACCUCCGCAGUCCAGACGGCAGCAAGAUGAACCCCGCCAAAACCUGCCAGGACAUCAAGCAGUGUUACCCCCAGAAAAAGAGCGGUGAAUACUGGAUUGAUCCAAAUCAAGGAAGCACAAAAGACGCCAUCAGGGUCUUCUGUAACAUGGAAAGUGGUGAAACCUGCAUCUCAGCCCGUCCAGCAAACAUUCCCCGCAAGGCCUGGUGGACCAAAUCCAGUCCCAGUGCCAACAAACCCGUCUGGUUCGGAGCCGACAUGAAUGGAGGAAGCAGGUUCAGCUACGGAAACAAGGAGGAGCAGCCGAACGCGGUGGCUGUUCAGAUGAAGCUGCUGCAGCUUUUGUCCAAAGAGUCGCACCAGAACAUCACCUACCACUGCAGGAACAGCGUGGCCUAUAAGGAUGAGAAGAACAGCAACCUGAAGAAAGCUCUGGUCCUCAGAGGCUCCAACGGCCAGGAGCUGAGAGCACAGGGCAACAACCGUCUCCGAUACGCCGUCAUCGAGGACAGCUGCUCGCAAUCAAACGGACAGUGGGGCAAGACAGUGAUUGAGUACAGGACUCAAACUUCAGCCAGGCUGCCCAUCGUGGACUUGGCCCCCAUGGACAUUGGAAAGCCUGAUCAGGAGUUCGGCCUGGACAUCGGCCCUGUGUGCUUCUCAUAAAAACACACCCCCUCUCUUCCCCCCCGACGCAAGAAGGACUCAAAUAGCCCUUUGUAGAGGAGUAACAUCACCACCAGAUAUUAUAGCAUAUGGACUCCUCUUCUCCGUGAGUCAAUAAAGGUUCUUCACACAUGGCUGCAUUUCCCAUGAGCUGUUGCAACACAGUGUUACUGUAUCUGCCAGACGACGGCGAGCUGUGUGAUCGGUGGGACGCUGACAUAAUUUAUUCACCAUGUCAAUACAUUUACAAUCUAGAGCACAAGUACUUUACAGGGAAAUGCAUGUGGGAGGAAAAAAGAAAUGUCUGAGGUGCUAACUAAAGAGGAAAGAAAGCAGGAGUGUAAACUUGCAUAAACUGGAAAAACAGCCAGUAAUAUUAAAGCUUAAAGAGAUGUGAUGUCUUUAGUGGGAAUUUUUGGGAAGGAUCGAGUGAAAGCCUUUUUAUUUUUUACUAGCGAUGGCUUUUUUCCAGUAAACGCACGUCCCGAGGCCUGGAUAGGGCAAGAGUUUAUAUGGCAAUGAGUGUAGUUCUUAAUUUUAAUGGAAUAAAAAAAAGAAAAUCAUGCUUGAACCUAAAUUAUUCAGUUCUGUCCAGGAACUCAUUUACUCUUUCAACAGGAAACCUUUGUAUCUCCUUUUAAAACUCUAACUGUAAAUGCAACGUAUGACUGUAAAUUGCAGAUUAUUUGUUUAUUGUUGACUGUGGAUGUGGAAUAAAUGUCUUUCUUUGGAAUGACUGUGCUCUUCCCCACAAACUAAAGUAAGGAAAUAUUUAAUAAACUCUCAGUUUCCCCCUCGUGAGCAGCAAAAACUUUGCUUUGCAAGUGAAUUUAAAUGAGCUCAUCUCACCACUAGAGGGAGACAAAGCUUUUCCCAGCAGGCAUCAAAUCACAGUUAAGUGGUUUCACCUGAUGUUUCAGGUGCAACAAAUCCCUUGUUAGAUGGCUGACAUGAAAACCCAGCAGAGCUCUGGAGGUUUAGAACAAAUAAACCUGUGCUUUGUAAUAAAUUAAUACAUUUCA